CUGACCCGGCCUCCCGGGUGCCCCGCGCUCACUGCCACCGGGGUCCUCCGCCCGCUCCCAGCCAUGGCGGCCUGCCGCUCGGCGUUCCUGGUGGGCCUCGCUUUCUCCUUGGCCACCCUGGCCCAGAGAGACGAUCCAAGUGUGCAUUUCUUUGAUAGCAAGACAACACCAAGGACCUAUCCGAGAAAGACAGACCGAUGGAACCCUUUGACCACCACCACGACCAGGGCGCCUGCAGCCACCAAAGCUCCCGCCAACCUUCCAGACUUUAACUUGGAGGAUGCUCUGGAUGAUCGCAAUGACCUAGAUGAUGGGCACAGGAGGCCGAGUGUUGGAGAAGGAGGUUUUUCUGACAAGGAACUGGAAGAGGUGCUAGGUGGUGGUGACUACAAACCUGACCGUAAUAAAGGUGGCGGCUACUAUGGUGGUGGUGGUGGUGGUGGCGGCGGCGGCGGGGAAGACUCAGAGUCUGGAAUGUCUGCUGAGACCGGCACCGUGGCCGGCAUAGCCAGUGCUCUGGCCAUGGCCCUGAUCGGCGCCGUCUCCAGCUACAUCUCUUACCAGCAGAAGAAGCUCUGCUUUCGCAUCCAGCAUGCAGCAGAUGGUGAAGAGGGCCUCAACGCAGACUACGCUAAGGGGGAGAACCUAGAAGCCGUCGUGUGCGAGGAGCCGCAAGUGCAAUAUCAGGCACUGCAGACCCAGUCGGCAGAACCUCCGCAGCAGUCUGAGCAGCCCCGGAUCUGAGGCAGCCUACCUACGUCCCAGCCCCUUUCCUUCGAACCCACUGCUGCUGUCAACGUUAUUGGCUUCUCAUUGCUUGUCUUUCUCCGGAGCUGCUCUUGGGUUUGGCCCGGUGCAUGGGGUGGGCCGCCCGCCUAUCGGGCGCUCGUUCGCAGAGACAUGAAGCCAGCACUGAGAGGGAGGACGGUUGGGCUAGGGGACAAGAAGACUUGAACCUAGGGCUGCGUGCCUCACAGACCUGCUGGCUCAGUUCUUCGUGGUGGGCCUGCCCAAGGCAAUGGCCUCAAAACGUGUAAAUAGAGUGAACCCCUAGCAGACAGCCAGUGUUUGGAAUGUCCCUGGAGCCCCUGCAGGGAGAUACCCAGUCAGCACCAAGUCGUGCCAUACACACACAUGUAGAUAUGCAUGCUCAUGUGCCCACACACACCACCCAGAGGGGCAGUUUUAUUUUGGAGGACAGGUGCUGGCCGUCCGAAGAGCUGAUCCGAAGAGACAUUCUGGGAUUUCAGAGGCAACAGGUGCCUCGAGAUUGUCUGCUCUCGGAGAUGAUGAGUCUUCUGGAUCAGCAGGGAGCCGCCUCCCAGGCGCGACUCAUCUCAUUCCAUGGGGCUGACUGGACUUGUGCUGCCCGGACUCAUUUACACAUUGGGAAUGAGUUUUGUAUCCCCACUCCUCCCUUACCAACUCUCCUUAGCCGACAACAGUUCACAUCAACGACACGAGUAAAAGCUCUCCUCCCAAUAGCGGUGUGAGGUCCCAAAGGAGAGGCAUGCUGGUGGGGCUGGUUAGGUGUCAAUGUAGCCUGGGCUGAGAUUCUCAGUGGGUUAGUAGGUGUAUGAUAAUGUCAGUUGGCAGUUCUAUAAUGAUGUCAAUUUGGCUCCUGUGUAAUGAUGUGGGUCAUCCUUCCAUUUGUGAUCUGACAUGGCCCUCCCUUUGUUACAUCAUGCCAAUUUUCACACAGCGA